AUGAAGAACACGGUGUUUGCUGUGGUCGCGGCUGCGGCUGUAGACGGGGCGUCCGCGUCCGGGGGGUUCUUUGGUCCGUUGGCUGGAGGCGGCGGCGCGAGCGGUGCUGUGGCACCCCGGGGGUCAGGCAAGGCAUCACCAUCUGAGCCGUCAUCAAGGAGCCGAUGGUUAGGAGCGAGAGGGGCGCGGGAGGGCGUGGUGGACAGCCUCUACGCGACGACGGUCCGAGGAGGAGCAUCAGCCGUUUCGGACUACGAUGCGGGAGUGGGCGGCAAGAAGAAGAAGAAGAAGAAGAAGGGCAGCAGCAAGAGACAGGCGCCACCGGCCGACGCCGCCCCCGCGGACAAGAAGGCGAUCGCUAAGGCCGCCGCUGCGAAGAACAAGAAGGCCAACGAGAAGAAGGCAGCGGCCGCCGAAAAGAAGAAGAAGACAGCCUUGUCCUUGCCUGAUGACGACGAGGAGGAGAUCGACCUCGUGGCCAAGAUGGAGGCUGCCCGACGGGCUAUGCCUAACGCUUGUGUGGUGGAUGAUGCCGUGAGCACGGAGGUGGAGCAGACGGUCGUCAGCCUGAGCGCGGCCAAGAUGGACGAGCUCGGCAUCUUCAACGGGGACGCGGUUUUGCUGAAGGGCAAGAAGCGUAAGGACACUGUGUGUAUCGCUCUGGUGGAAGACGGCCUCGAGGACUCGUCUAUUCGCAUGUCCAAGGUGACGCGCAAGAACCUUCGUUUGAGGCUGGGGGACAUCGUCACGGUCCACGAGGCGCCGGAUGUCAAGUACGCCACGGUGGUCCACGUGCUGCCCUACGCGGAGGACCUGGAGGGGGUGACGGGGGAGACGUUCGAGACGUUCUUGCAGCCCUUCUUCGAGGGAGAGUUCAAGCCGCUUCGCAAGGGGGAUACCUUCCAGACGAAGGGCGCGAUGCGCACGGUAGAGUUCAAGGUGAUGGACAUCGCCACGGCUACGGAGGAGGAGGCCGAGUACUGCUACAUCAACGAGGACACAGAGAUCCUCUACGAGGGAGAAGCGCUCAAGCGCGACGAUGACGAGAGUCUCAACGAGAUCGGUUACGACGACAUCGGGGGCUGCAAGCGCCAGCUGGCGCAGAUCCGGGAGCUGAUCGAGCUCCCCCUCAGGCAUCCUCAGCUCUUCAACGCCGUCGGCAUCCCGCCCCCAAGAGGCGUUCUCAUGUACGGCCCGCCUGGAUGCGGCAAGACUAUGAUCGCGAGGGCAGUGGCGUCGGAGACGGGGGCUUACUGCUUCACCAUCAACGGUCCGGAGAUCAUGAGCAAGCUCUCCGGGGAGUCGGAGACAAACUUGAGGAAGGCUUUCGAUGACGCGGAGGCUAACUCUCCCGCUAUCAUCUUCAUCGAUGAGAUCGACUCCAUUGCGCCGCGGAGGGACAAGGCUGGCGGAGAGGUCGAGAAGCGAAUCGUCUCCCAGCUCCUCACCCUCAUGGAUGGCAUCAAGCCCACCUCCCACGUGGUGGUCAUCGCCGCCACCAACAGGCCCAACGUCAUCGAGCCGGCCCUGCGCCGCUUCGGCCGUUUCGACCGCGAGCUGGACAUCGGCAUCCCCGAUGAGGAGGGACGUCUGGAGGUGCUCCGGAUCAAGACGCGCACCAUGAAGCUCGACGAUGACGUGGAUCUUAUCCAGAUCGCCAAGGACACCCACGGGUUUGUGGGGGCCGACCUUUCCCAGCUGUGCAUGGAGGCCGCGCUCCGCUGCAUCCGGGAGCAGAUGCACACGAUCGACGUCGAUGCGGACAAGAUCCCUGUCGAAGUGCUGGAUGGUCUGGCCAUCACGAACGACCACUUCAAGUACGCGCUGCAGCACUGCAACCCGUCGGCACUGCGAGAGACCCUGGUCGAGGUGCCCAACGUGAGCUGGAAGGACGUGGGUGGCUUGGAGGACGUGAAGCGGGAGCUGCAGGAGACCGUGCAGUACCCUGUCGAGCACGCUGACAAGUUCAAGAAGUUCGGCAUGAGCGCUUCUAAGGGGACGCUGUUCUAUGGCCCCCCUGGUUGCGGUAAGACGCUGCUAGCCAAGGCCAUCGCCAACGAGUGCGGCGCCAACUUCAUCUCCGUCAAGGGCCCCGAGCUCUUGUCCAUGUGGUUCGGAGAGUCGGAGGCGAACGUACGCGAGCUGUUUGACAAGGCUCGUGCGGCGGCUCCUUGCAUCCUCUUCUUCGACGAGAUGGACUCUAUUGCCAAGGCCCGUGGUGGCAGCGGCGGGGGGGGCAGCGAGGCAGCGGACCGCGUGAUCAACCAGAUCCUCACGGAAGUAGACGGCGUCGGCGCCCGGAAGGCCGUGUUCGUGAUCGGCGCAACCAACAGACCCGACAUCCUGGACAAUGCCAUCACCCGCCCGGGUCGUCUGGACCAGCUGAUCUACAUCCCUCUGCCCGACAUGGACAGCCGCAUCAGCAUCUUCCAAGCUAACCUUCGCAAGUCUCCUGUGGCGGAUGACGUGAGCAUGGAAAUGCUGGCGAGGGCAACCCAGGGAUACUCCGGUGCUGACAUCACGGAGAUCUGCCAGAGGGCAGCCAAGAACGCCAUUCGGGAAUGUGUGGCAGCGGAAAUCGAGCGCAUUGGUUUGAUCGAGUCUGGAGACAUCGAUGAGGACGAGGCUCGCAGUGACCCCGUCCCCGCCAUCACCAAGGCGCACUUCGAGGAGUCGAUGGCCCACUCUCGCAAGUCCGUCAGCGAGGAGGAGCUUGCCCGGUACGAGUCCUUCUCUACCAACAUGAAGUCCGACAGAGGGUUCGAAGAGUUUUCGUUCGAUGACAAGGAGGGAGGCAAUGACGGUGCCGACAACGAUGACGACGUCGACGACUUGUACGGCUAAGGAUGACGUUACCGUUGUCUCGCGCCGAGGGCGAGUCUUGCUGAGGAUCCGGCGACUCUGAAGCCGAUCAGCGGGUGAUUGGGUUUGGCGUCUCACUCGAGCCCGCCAGCGUGUCGGUUUGCGUGAGCGUGCUCGCCUUUGAAGGUUCUUAGCGGUACCGCUUUCCGACGAAUCUGGUCAUGUCGGGUCAAGCAAUCUACCAAGAGAUGCUUGCGAAGCGUCUGGCCACCUCAAGUCCACGAUGUUUCCGAACAAGCUUCGGUUUCGGAUGAUUCGAUCGUAGCAUAGUCUCAUCAAUCAGUUUUGGUUUGCGGCAUGCCAUCGUAUUGUUUUUGUUCCUGUUGGGGUAUGCUUUGGAUUAUCUGAAAUAGACGCGUGUGAGGUGCCUCGCUUGGUGCCGGUGUGGUCAAGUAGAUUUUGUGGAAGAUCCCAAUGGAACGCCGAACGAAGUUGCCAAGACAAGACCAACGGGGUGUUGGUGACGAUGCCGAUGCUAUGAGGUGGUGCCCAACAAGACCUGCUCUGAAAGAAAGGCGUAGGCUUGGUUUUGUGCACCACGGGCUAAUCAACACAUACGAGGAAUAGGAAUACACAAGGCGAUAUCGGUGGCGUUUCUCUCGUGGUGCUUGUAGUGUGCGAUCACUGCCUCUGAAUGUGUCGGGUGUUGCUGUGAGGUCCAGUCUUGUCGUCUGGUGUUGCGAGUUUUCCCCCUCCCUUCCGUGUCAUUGGCUGAGGUGGGUCUAGGUAGUUGGCGCAGGAGUCUACAGGAAGAACUCUACCGCACAAACUGUUUGGUUGUUGGUUCUUGUUGGGACCUAACCCUAGCCUUGUCCGGCGAGAGGAUUGUGUUUGGUGUCGAGCCACGGGGGGGCAACGGUUGGUACAAGGGUUUUCAGGUUGGGGUUUCUAUCUGUAGGUUUGCUUUCUUUUAGCGUGUGCGUGUUCUAGCGAGAGUGUGGUAACGGUAAGU